AAAGAAGGCUCGAUGUAGGGUACAUAGAGAAAGAAAACGAGGUUGUUAUAUUUCUAUUUUCUUAGUGGACGGGUAGACCAAAGAUUUUUAUUUUUAUUCCAAAAUGCUUUGCCACGUUACACGUCCAGAUUCGGUGGUGAUGGAAGUGGAAGUUGAUGCGAAAGCGAACGGAGAAGAGUGUCUGAAUAAGGUUUGUAGGAAGUUAGGGAUUAUUGAAGUGGACUAUUUUGGACUGCAGUACUCCGGCAGCAAGGGAGAAAACUUGUGGCUGAAUCUGAGGAACCGGAUCUCACAGCAGAUGGACAGUUUGAGUCCAUGCCGUUUGAGACUCAGAGUCAAGUUUUUUGUGGAACCCCAUCUCAUACUUCAGGAGCAGACAAGACAUUUGUUUUUCAUGCAUGUGAAGGAGGACCUGCACAAAGGACACCUGCGGAUGGAGGCAGACCAGGCGGAGGAGCUCAGUGCCCUCCUGGCUCAGGCUGAGUUUGGCGACUACAACCAGAACACGGCCAAGUACUGGUACACCGAACUCUGUGGAAAGGAGCCCAACCAAGCAACCAUUAACAGCAUCAUCGCCAGGCAUAAGGCUCUGGAGGGUCUUAGCCAGGGCUCUGUGGAGUACCAGGCCCUGCAGCUGGUCUCCUCUCUGGAGCACUACGGCGUGGAGUGGCACUGGGCCAGAGAUGCCGACGGCCAGAGACUGGCCAUAGGAGUAGGACCCGACGGCAUCGCCAUCUGCAGGGAGGACUUCAGCAUGGUCAACAGGAUUGCCUAUCCCUUAAUACAAAUUGCCACACAGUCGGGGAAGAGUGUGUACUUGACUAUCACCAAGGAUACCAGUGACAGUGUGGUUCUGCUUUUCAAACUAAUCAGCAACAGAGCAGCCAGUGGCCUGUACAGAGCUAUCACAGAGACACAUGCCUUCUACAGAUGUGACACUGUGACGAAUGCCGUGAUGAUGCAGUACAGCCGUGACUUCAAAGGCCACCUCGCCUCGCUGUUCCUCAACGAGAACAUCAACCUGGGCAAGAAAUACGUCUUCGACAUCCGACGCACGUCGAAGGAGGUGUACGACUAUGCCAGACGAGCGCUCUACAACGCCGGCAUCGUAGACCUGAUGUCCCGGUCGGGGCAGCGUACGCCGUCCUCGCGGUCUCCCUCGCGAGACCAGGAGGAGGCGCUGGACUGCGGUGGGUGCCAGCAGAGCCGGGUGUUGCAGGAGAAGCUGCAGAAGCUGCAGGAGGCGCUGUUGUGUAUGCUCUGCUGUGAGGAGGAGAUCGAAGCCGCGUUCUGUCCCUGCGGUCACAUGGUCUGUUGUCAGAGCUGUGCUGCACAGCUACAGACGUGUCCAGUGUGUCGGUCAGAGGUGGAGCAUAUUCAGCAUGUUUAUUUACCCACCUGCACCAGUCUGCUUAACCUGAACACUGCCGGCAACCACAGUCCAAAGCCCAUCCACAGGGGUGUGGCCCCUCACACCUGCACAACCAAGGACUACUCCACCAGUGAGAAGGUUUACCAGACCUAA